GUUACGUAGGACCGUCGGUCCGCAUUACUAGGGCAGCGUCGUCUCGCUUCGCAACAACGGGAACAGAGUCCAUUUCAGUCAGCCAGUCAGUCAGUCACUGUUAGGACUGAGAGAGCGAUUGUAAACGAGAUUGAAGCCGAGGCAGGUUGACACACACCUGACUAGGGCAGUGUAACUUACUUACUCUUCCUCUGCCACGUCCUUGGCAGGUUACACAUAUAUCUGUAUAGCAAUACCAUCCACAUCCGCCUGCGUCGUCAACGACGGUGAACAUCGACCCAGCUGCAGCAGCAGCAGCUGCAGAAAGACGAGGAGGAGGAGCAACUGGCAUCUUGUGACGAUUGUUAGGAUUGGAGUGGAUUGUGUGCUUGAUCAACUGCGUUGGAGAGCAGUUGAGCAGCUGUAAGAUUUGGAGGGGGUGAGAGAAAGAGAGGAGUGUGAAGGGACGAGGUCGGAGUUAGGGUUGGGGGUGGAUUAGCCCGGGGUGCAGGUGGUUGCGUUGCGUGAGAAACGAUAUCUAUUUCAUGCUGAUGCAAGAAAGGGUAGAUUGUAGCACGAUCCAUGGCACGAGCCGCAGGUAGCAACACAAAGUUUGCAUCUGUGAACUUGAACAAGAGCUAUGGCAAGUCUACGACUGGGGCUGGAGGCAGCGGGAACGGUUCAGGGGCCGGGAGUGGAGCCCUGGGGAGCGCAGGGCGGGCCGCGCGGAACUCCUCGCAUGGAGGGAUGUUGCUGCUCUCGCGCCCCGGGGUAGCCACUUCGGUGCAGAAAGGGAAGGUCAUCGUUCCACGCCCGGUUAAUCUGCCAUCGCUUCGACGGGAGCAUGCUGGAAACGAUCCCACCAUUGCGCUUGUUGGCGGUUCUGGUGCUUCAGGAUGGACCAAAGCGUCGUUGCACGAAGACCAGUCGCCUGCCGCUGCUGCUGCCACUUCCGAGACUUCUACGGGAAUUGCAAGGAUUGGUCCAGCAUUGAGUGUCGCAUCAACUUGGGGGACUUCACCUUCUCUGUCAGGUCAACCUUCGUCAGUAUCCCUGAGCGGAGAACACUGGGUAGCGCCUACACAAGCCGAAGCCUCUGGAACCAAUUCAAGUGUUGCGGGAAGGCAUGGCGUGUACACUCCACCCCGUGCGCGUGCAAUGCUAAGUCCUACUGUGGCGAGUGGUCAUGUGGUACCUGCCGUUGAAAAGGCUGUAGUGUUGAGGGGAGAAGAUUUCCCCACCCUGCAAGCCGCUUUGCCUCCUCUUCCAAUCCCUAGCCAGCAAAAACAGAAGGAUUUGCAUCAAAAACAGAGGGAAAAACAACAAGAACUUAAAGCUCAGCAACACAAAUUGCAACUUCUGUCUGAGCAGCACCCAGUUUUAAAGCCUGGCGAGGUCUCUCAGUUUCCUGCUGGAGGUCCUCAGCUGCAUCCUAUUCAGUCAUCAUCAGUGCAAAUGAAGAGUGAGCAGAGCCUCAAGGAUGCAGCAGAGGAGCAUCAAUUACUGGAGCAAGUUUGCUUUAUUGACUCAGGAACGUCUGCCCGGUCCACUUCGAAAGCUGGUAGUUCCUCAUUGGAACCUGCAACAUCUGGGCCUUCUCAACCACGUCAGUCAAAUUGGACAGACGAUGAGAGGGACUCUAACUUUAGUGUACAAUGUGGCAAUUCUUUUGAAUUGAGUGAUCGAUCAGAUCGAGAGUCUGAUCUGCAGUCUGCGAAUCGUGCCGGGGAGGUUUUUGGAUAUGGUCGGUCCCGAUCCUCCAGAGAAAUGGCUUCUACUCCAGGGAUAGAUGGUCACAUCGGCAAAGUUGCUGAGGGCCGAGGGAACAUGGUUGGCGGUGACAAUUUGUUUGGGCGUGAGUCGUCGAGUACCGGACAUCACGCAGAUAAUAGCUUUUAUCGGGGUAAAAAUAUUGUUAGAGAAGGAGGGUUUCGGGAAAGGGAAGGGGGAGUGAACAGGGAACUUGGUUUUGGUGGUCGAGGAUUCAGCCGAGAAGGAAAUAGGGACGUCGGAUCCAGCAAAAGAAGUGCGUAUGAAAAGGAUGGAGGUGAUGGACGACCCAGCAGUAGGGGUUGGGAUGGCUUCGAUGAGCGACACGGUUUUGGGAAUCGGGACCAGGGACUUCUUCGAGAUGCGAGCUUGGGUCGGGUUGGUGGCUUAAAUAGGGAGAUCUUUUUUGGUAGAGACAGCAGACGCAUCCAAAGUGGAGAUAGCGAUGCUAGCCGGGGUCGAUUUGGCGGCGAUCGUUUUCCAAGAAAUGGUGCUUCGGGCGACUUUAUAAAUGGGAGAGGUUUCAUUGGUCAGGACUCUGCUGAGAGAGAUAAGCGAUCACAUGAAGGGCAUCGUUUUAAUGUUUCUUAUGAGCGAAGUUUUGAAGAGAUUCACGGCUUGGACAACUUUCGACCGUCUCAGGGGGUUGGAAUAGAUCCUCCCGUGAUUCCAAUGCUUGGUUUCCGUAAGAAGAAGGAGGAGGUGAAAGAGAUCGACUUUCGAGAUGAGGAAAGAGAGGCUUUUGAAGCUGAGCUGGAGAGAGUACAAAAGGCUCAGGAACUUGAUCGAUUGCGUAAGUUGGAGGAAAAAGAGCACGCUGUUGAGAUGGCCCAGAAGGAACUAGAAGAUCGUGAAAGACAAGCGAGGGAGGAAGAAGAAAGACAGGCUAAAAUGGAGGAGGAAGCGAGAGAAGCAUCUGCCAGAGCUGAGCGGGAAGCCUUAGAGGUAGCUCAGAAGGUAGAGGAUGAGCGGAGGGCUUGGGAUGAAGAAAAACGGCAGUUGCAACUUGAAGAGGAGCGAAGGAAGGAGAAUGCUCGUCGUAAAUUGUUGGAAUUGGAAGAGCGUAUUGCUAAACGAGAAGCUGAGAAGAAGCUGCAGGAGGAAUCCAGACAAAUUGUGGAGGAAAAGCCUGUACAUGUGUGGCAGAGAGGAGAAGAGGACCUUCGACGGCGGGAAGAUGAUGAGAGAGAAGUGGAAGAGAGGAUGGUUGUGAAUAACACUGGGAAUUCUCAGGAUGAUGAUGACCGAGCUGCCCUGCGGCCCUCAGUUACACUUUCCUACUCUCAGGUGUCUCAGCGGGCGUUUCAGAAUGAAAAUCUUCCUGUCAAGCCUUCGGAAGUGCAGGCCCCACCUGCAGGGUUAAUAUCUCGUGUCGCUGAAUCUCGUGGCAAUAACUCGGUAACUGAAAAUGAGCGUAAAACCUUCAUGCACUGGCGGAAGGAGCAGUCUUCAGACAGUGUAGUUGGAUCCGCAGUGCAGAUGUUUUCUCCUUAUGGCAGGAAUGAAAAUACUGAUUUCCAAGCUUCAAUUUCUCGUGAUCGGGCCUGUAAUGGUCGAGAUUACGGAGAUAGAGGAGAGAAUUCUUACACUGGGGCCCCCAGUACUGCUGGGCUUGCAACAGAGGGAAGCUCUGGAGAAUCUGUUAGAAGACCUCAUUCCAAUGAUGAAGGACGGCAAACCGAGGAGCCUGUGUUCUUUAGUAAACAGACAUAUUACAACCGGGCCUCUACGUCGGGUUUUGAGAGUGGACCCUUAGAGGAUUUUGAGGCCAGAGAUGAACGUCGAUGGGGUAGGGAUAGGAUGGAUCGGUGGCGGCGUGGACGAGAGGGUGUUGGUCAAAGACCAUCUCCUCCUCAAACUCCACCUUAUUUCCAGGGCUCGGACCCAACAGAACCUUCCUCCUAUUGUCGUCUUCGUCAUUCUUUGUCGAGGCAGCCUCGUGUUCCCCCUCCACCAGUCCGAAUGGGUGCUGUGCGACCAGCUCCUAGAUUUUCUAGCCUGCAGAUCGUUGUAGCAAGUUCAGAAGCUGAGGAAGAAGAUAUCAAAGAUGUGCUUACACAACAGGAGAGAGCUGUAGGGAGCAGUUCUAAAUUUUCUAGUCAAGAUGUUAACGAUGAUCAGCACGCUAAAAUAUCUAGUGUGAAGAACUCUGAUUUAGAAUUGCGACAAAAAGAUGCCCCUGAGCAACAGAGUAAGCCCUGGAGUUCGACCCAGAGGGACUGGGAGCAGUUUUCAACUUCCUCCCUCGGUCUACAAUGCUCUUUAUCUCAGGUGUCUCCAGGUCACUCACAUGAGGAUUCGAAUGUGCAACUCUUUUCUCCAUCACCAGGGAGAAAUGAUAAUAACCGAAAUGGAGGUUCGUCUUGUUCCAGUCAAUCACAGUCAGACGGCGAUUAUGAGCAAAGAGAUUCAGGAGCAUCUUUUGUUGUUUCAAAAGUUGGCCAACAAGAGAUGCUUGUAACACCUGAUGGUCUAAGCGGUGAUCGGGAAGAUUACACGAUUUCAACUGAUGAUGGGGAAGGCGAGGAUGAAAACCAAGAGCGUUAUGAGGAGGGUUAUGAGGCUUUUGAGGGUUAUGAUGAAGAUGAAGAUGUUGAUAAUGUGGAUGACGAAGAUGAGGACGAUGAGCUAGAUCACGGGACAGGCAGGGCUGAUGUUCUUGAGGCUACUGAAAAUAGACAACAUAAUGAGCAGAACAUUGAUGAUGCUAUUACAGAGCAAGAUGCAGCCGAAGAGCUCGCCAAUUCUACACAACUACAGGUAAUGACUGAGGAAAUGAGGAACAGACAUCUGCCACAUGAAGAGAAUGGGCAAAUAAACUUGAGACCUUCAGUUGCUGGGUUAGUCGAAGAGUCUGAUUCCUGUGAUGCCCAACAAGCAUCUGUACAACAAUUGCAACUGCCUCUUUCUUUCAUGGCGUUCCCAACCUCACAAAAAACUGUCGCACCAAGUUCCUCUUCGCAGCCUGCUUCUGUUGGGGUACCUGGUCUCAUCCAUUCUUCAGAAGUUUCCAUGACUUUACACUUCGGGUUCCUUCCUGGCACAGCACUUCCUCAGGGAUCAGUUCCUGCGAUCCAGAUUGGUUCAAUCCAGACGCCACUUCACGUUCCUCUUCACAGUACUCUUCAUCAGGUUCCUCAUUCUUCUUCCGCACCUCCUUUAAUCCAGUUUGGACAGCUUGCCCAUUCAUCUUCAGUAUUGCAGUCGACACCUGCAUUUAGUCAGUCCAAUGAGUCGACACAAGUGCAAGAGCAAAUUUCACAAGCCGUUUCUACAUCUAAGGUAUUGCAAGAGGAAGACAUUGUUGAUCUAAUAUCUGCAGCAGAUCAAGGACAGCCUAGAAAGGAUUCUGUCUCGCUUCAACUCCAGUCACCUUGGAUGAAUCAGUCUGUUUCUUUAGACGUCAAACCUCCAGUAGAAGUAGAAACUAGGGAGAACAGGCUCACUACUGGAAAACCAGGCCAGCGGUCCGAAAGGAGAGUGCGUGAUAGAGGUGUGAUUCAUGAAGGUUCAAGCAGCACAGCUGGUCCAGAAUCCUACUCACGCCUUAAGAGUUCCCGCCGAGAUGCGGGUAAAUUUCCUUUUUCUGGAAGUUCUUUUCCUCAAAGCACUUAUGAAACUGCAGGUAUCUUUACUGGAACAAUUGCAUCUAAUGGAAGUAGUGAUGGAGCAGCUCUUCGACCGCGUUCUUAUCGACGUAGUAAUUUCCGUCGAACUGACCUUAAAAGUAGUGACUUUGCCGAGCAAUUAUCCGAUGUUGCUGGAGGAAAGUUUUCAAAGCAAAUAACGAAUACUUCAUUCGAGAUUUUGGACAUGCCAAUAGGUACUACUGAUGGUAGACUUAGUUCCAGGGAUGUUACUUCACAAUUGCAAGGAAGCAACUACUCUGGAGAUAAUAGUCGGAAAUCCCGGGUUUUGUCUGAAGGCGCGUCCUCAUCACGAUCUGAACGGCCUGGUAUUGAGCGUGGGGAUGAAGAUGAUUUUAUCGAAGUAAGGUCCAAGCGGCAGAUGUUAAGUGAUCGCCGUGCAGAACGUGAGAAAGAGAUAAAAUCCAAGUCGAACUUGAAGGCGAAGGAACAUGCAGCAAGGAAGCAAAGGGGUGUUGCAAAGUUGGAAACACAAAUGGAAGCAGCAUCCGGGCAGGGAACGAAAUCUGGAUCAUUUGUAGAAAAGCGCACCAUCGCAGAAAAUACCGGCACUACUACCCGGAUACCUCAUUCCGGAACCACUCCAUCACCAACUGUUGCGUCAUUGACUACAGUAGCUGGAAAUUCUCAGGGUCUUCCACUUGCUCCUAUUGGCACUCCGUCUGGUGGAUUACCUGAUAUACGUCCUAACCUGUCCAAGUCCUCGCGAUCAAAUUCUGGUUCAGGAGGUAGUUUAAUCGAUUGUGAGACUGGCGCAGCAACAGCCUCUUGUGAUAAUCAAAAUCAACACCAGGAGGGUAUGUCUGGCACUCCGAUUGCCUGGGGCGGGACUCAAUCCACUAGACAGGUGGUGAGCCUAACUCAGAUUCAACUAGAAGAAGCUAUGAAACCAGCUCGCUACGGGGCUCCCGUCGCACAGAAAUUACCCGUAGAUGCCCGAGGCAGCAUGGUUCUGGAUUCAGGAACAACUGUAGCAUCCAUGGCGGCCAAGGAAAAAAUAUCCGGUUUUGUAACAGGACCAGUUGGCUCACUUCUUGCUGGAGACAAAAUCCAGUUUGUGACAUCACCACCUCUUGGGGUAUCCAACAGUCGUCCCCAUACACCUGCUCUCAUUAGCGCAGUGGGUUCCACUCUAGGGUCACAUGUUAACGGUGCGUCCGAGAAGAGCGAUUUGAAGAAAUCUAAUCAUAUGUCUAGCUCUGAACAUGAUAUGCCCUCAUUUUCUAUCGAAGUUAAGCGUACACGUGGACACGAGGACAACGCAGGAAACACAGAUGGGGUCAUUGAUGCUGAGGCUGAGGCUGAGGCUGAAGCAGCUGCAUCAGCUGUGGCUGUGGCUGCUAUUAGCAGUGACGAAUCAUUUUGCAGUACCCGUGAGCCGAUUGCGAUUAGGAAAAGCACGAUAAUCAGAUCGUUUGGCAGUGGGGCCUCCACAACUAACCAUGCUGGUAUGGGGCUAGGAAAUUCUAUUCCCGUUCGCAUGCAGAGUCCAAUAGUGGAAGACUCAAUGGCUGCUGCUCUUCCUGCUGACCUCUCCGUUGAACCCACCUCAAUUUCUAUUAGAGGAUCAUCAGGACAGGGUUCAAGUGUUCUUUCAACUUCUGUCCAAACUUCUUUCUCUGGUUUGGAGAUGAGCAAAAUGCUAGGUUUUCCAUUUGGACCCAGCAAGGAUGCUGCCGUUCUGCCAGGCUCCAAUGACCAGGGUGUUCCAAGUGCUAGCGCUAGCGCUAGUGGUUGGCAACUACAGCACUCAGGCGUUGAUUCUUUCUACGGAGGUGGUCCUCCCUCUGGAUUUCCUGGCCAGUAUAUUAAUCCUGGUGCAGGCAUGCCUCCCCAUAUGCUGGUGUACUCUAAUCCGUUUUCUUCAGUUGGACAAUUUGGGCAGCUUGGUUUUAUGGGUCCAACAUAUCUUCCAUCAGGUAAGCAACCCGAUUGGAAACAUACUCCUGUUUGGUCAUCAAGCCCAGGUGUUGUUAGCAUGAACAGCAACGAUAGCCUCGGCGGCAUAGCCGGUACGCAGCGCGGGUCUGGAAAUACUCAACGAAUGGCUCCUGGUCCAGCUGUGGUGCCAGUUGUACAGUCACCAGGACCGUUUGACUUGAAUCUAUCUGCUCCGUUCCAGAACACUCCAUGCACUUCAUGUUCAUCUUUCCGUAUGAGCUUAUUUGAAGUGCUUGGGUCUCCUUCGCAGAUUCCGAACGUGGACAGUUCUACUGGCUGGUCGCAUGUACCAGGUCAAAUGCAUGUACCCAUAUCUAUGGGCUACUUGCAGCAGGGAAGACGAGGGUCCUCUAACUCAUUGGAAAAGGAUGAAAGUUUCAAUCUAGGUCGAAGUUCCAACCAAGUGAAUGAUGGAAAUUUUACGUCCAUGGAUGCAGCUGCUCAAUUUCCAGAUGAGCUUGGAUUGGGUGAUACAUCCUCCGUUCCCAGUAUUACCUCUGCUUAUGGGUCCUCUCAGAAUCUGGGUCGAAGUUUUAUUUGCAACCAAGCUGCACCUAUUUCAUCAUCAGAUCAGAGUAAUAAUAAGUUACGUAGUAAUCGCCGUUCAUCCAGGGUGACCCGAGGAGGUAACCUAACGACUAUGAGAAAUGGCAAUAACAUUGGUUCAGACGACUUCGGGAUGGGUGUUAAUUCUGGAGCCUACAAUAAUGCUGGGGCGAAUGGUAGCCGGGCUCCACACAAUCAUCUACAACCUCAAUCUCCACGUCAUCUAUACCAAGCAAUGGGUGGCGUAGGACAAUACCAUGCCCAUCAUAUUAACAGCCAUUCUGAUCAAAGAGGUUCCUCGCAACAGAAUUCCCCUCGGGUUGGGUCCAGCAAUUGGUUAGGACCUCAUCGCAAAUGGGUUGGAAAUCAAGCACGCCCACCUGUUGAACGUGGGUCUUCUGGGGAAAAGAUAUUUGCACCUCCUGCAAAGUUGAAACAGGUUUAUGUUGCAAAACCCACGUCAUCUCCAAGGAGGAUCAGUGGUGAAACUGCCAUAUUUAACGACACAGAAGGAGGUCAAGCAACUGUUCGAUCAACUUCGGACCACGACUUAUUGUCUUGAUUGUGCUCAUUCCUUUUUCAAGGAGCUUAGUACAGGAGGGGAUGUAACUCUUUACACUCAGAACUACAGGCGGCCUCCCUCUCAAAUUUCAACUCAUGCUCACUAAUUCUCUUGGAUAUUUACCUAUGUCUUCCAAAUUAUUGGCACUGAACUUUAAUAUCUCUCAUAGCCAGAGAAUCAGCUAGAUUUAUCCCGCUUGUACUUUGAAUGACUUUCUUUAGGUUCAGCUUAAGUGAAGAUUUUGUGUGUGCCGUUCUUCCCAAGCCUUUAGGAAGCAAUCUCUAGUUUCGGAUUGCUCAAGCUGGUAAUGUAGGCAGGGCAGUUGGAUCCGCACAUGCAAAGCGCAAUGUCCAACAGGACCUCUGGGAGCUCUCGCUAGUUUUCCGAUGGAAUAUUGGUGCAUCGAUUUUGUAAUGUAACACAUUUUGUAGGCUAUUAAAAGUUUAGAUUGUUAAGUGCAGUUGGAUUUUGCGGACAUAAAAAUCACCGUGAAGUAGUUCUGGUUCGAAUUCUUAUCUCACCUGGUUCAUUUUACAAUAUUUUUCUUGUA